UACGUGUUGCUCAGUAGUAUCGGCCCAUGCUGGCAAUCUAGUUUGUGAGAGGCGUAAAAUAAGUAUCAAGAGCUUGAAUAAAUGCAAUUUAACGAUGCAAAGAAUGAAAUUCUGCAGGUGUUUUCAAAGACGGAGAGGCAACAUCUUCCAAAACUUUUAGAAUGGUUAAAAACAUCUGGUGAUCUGGAUGAUUUCCUGGUGGAUAACCAAAGUGUUAUUCUUCAAAGUAUUGCAGAGGACCUAAGGACUUGCCUUCCACUAGAGGCUAUGGCUCCCUCUGAGACCAUGGCUAUUCAGAAGACUCAACAGAAACCUCAUCCCACUAUGCAUGUAGAUGCAUUCUUAUAUGAUGAGGAAACUGUAGAUUCAUUGUGUGAAGAGGGAAAAAUGAGUCGCAACUACUGCCUCAACUGUGGAUCGCACAGAACAGCACCGUUGGAGUUCAUCUCACAUUCAUUCUCGAUCCCGGAGCUCCAGUUCCUAUUCCGCAACGUUCUUCCAGACCUCACAGGAAAACUGGUGGUGGAUGUGGGAUCUAGAUUAGGAGCUGUGCUAUUUGGGGGCUACCUUUACAGUGCAGCAUCUCAGCUUAUUGGGGUUGAAAUAAGUUCAGAGUUUGUCAAGCUUCAAACUAUGGCUGUACAGAAAUAUGGCUUCAGUGACAGAAUUCAGGUGAUUCAUGCAGAUAUCCGCUCUCAGGCUGCCUUAGUGCAAAAUACAGAUGUUUUGAUCAUGAACAAUGUUUUUGAAUUCUUCAUGGAACCAAGUGAUCAAAUCCAAGCUUGGCUGUUUAUUAAUAAAAAUUUCCGAAAGAAAGGUGCACUGUUAGUAACUGUACCCAGCAUUCAAGAAGCACUUGAUUUACUUCAGGAUGCUGUUUUCCUAGAGACAUUAGCACUCAGCCAAUGGAUAGAGGAAGUACAACUUGAUUACACUGUUUAUCUAAAAGAUGACACAGAUCCAGAUUCUCUCAAGCAAAUCCAUCUUUAUAUAGUACGUUGACAUUUAGGAGAGAGAGCAGAUGCAGUGGAACAAUGAAUAUGAUUAUCCUCAGUGAGGUCUUUAACAGGAUAGAU